AUGUUUUUGGUUUCGAAAGAGCUCACUCUCUUCGGCGUGUUCGACGGACACGGCAAAUUCGGACACCAAAUCAGUCAGUACGUGCAACAGACGCUCCCGCUGCUGCUCAUCCAGCACUUGGCCUCGACCAAACGCGUUGAGCAAGCGCUCGCGAUGGCUUUCUACGAAAUGCAGCACCUUGUUGAAGAAGUAUCUGACCCGAUUGGCGUCACUUACAAACCUGACAUCUCGCACUACGAACUUGACGCCGACGACGAGUUUCUGAUCCUUGCUUCAGAUGGCAUUUGGGAAUUUUUGAGCUCACAAAAUUGCGCGGAUCUGCUGGCACAGUGCACGAACACGUUCAACGCGCAUGAGGUGCUAGACCUGCGCCGCUGUCUGUACACCAGCCAGCAAUACAAGUUUUACCUGCGCGAAUCGCGCCACGUAAUCUACAAGCAGUUCUUGCGCGCGUACCAGUCGAUGCACAUCGCUGAAAUGCGCGUCGAAUAG